GAGAGGACGAGACUUCUCAUCACGCUCAUGUAUGUCUUGCUGUUUUAUCAGAAAAGCAGUUUUGGAGAAGAAGUGGAGAUGAAAGUCAGACCAGGAGAAAACAUCACUCUCUUCUGUGAUCGCUCUCUAAGUGUUGGUUCAUUCAUUGUAUGGAUAAGAAACUGCUCUCACGAAAAUCAGCCCUCUCUCAUAAUAGAUUUUAGGCAGGGGUUUAGAUUGGGCCUGGAGGCCUUUCAGCGAUUCAGUUUCAUCCACAACCCCUAUAAUAAUUCUCAUGGUCUACAUAUUACUAACAUCAGCAUCUCUGAUCUGGGACUGUACUACUGUGCGGAAGUAGAGAAUAAGGUAAAUAAAGAUGAAAAAGGCAUCAUAUCUUCUUCAGAAGUGUACUAUUAUGGCUUCCAAAUAACCCGCCUCUCUAUGGAAGUGUGUUCUGCGCCACUGACUUCCUGUUCUGAAGGCUCUGCACCUCCUGACUGUGUGCUCUGCUGGAUGCUGUUGUUCAGUGUGUGUCCGGUGUGUGUUCUCCUCUCCUCACUCCUGUCCUCCAUCUGUGUUUACUGCUACUGUUCAGCUCAGACCUCAGGUUUUGCAGAGAUAUUUGCAGCGGAUGUUAUUCAGUGGGAUCUAAUGGAGAAACAUCAGUGUGAUUUGAGGAAGACUGGAAACAUCUGCCUCCACACUGAAGUCUCUUAUAGACUGCUAACAUCUGAACAUCCCUACGCCAAGAUGUGAUUCUACCUGCUCGAUUUAUA